AUGGCCAUUGAAGCUUCCAUCAACGCAGAGCAACCCAGAUCCAAGGACCUGGAGAUUGCGGAGAAGCAAACUUCUCGUCCGGUUAGCAUCGGCGAGGAUCUCAAGGCUGGCCAGGUCGAGCUUCUCGACGAGGCCGAGAUCUUUCUGCAGCAAAAUGACCUGUCCCACGCGCAUCUACGGGAGCUUAUGGAAGACGAACAGGCCCAGAAAAAGCUCGUCCGCCGCAUAGACCUGACGUUAUUGCCCCUUCUCAUGGGAACAUAUCUCCUUCAAUACAUCGACAAGCAGGCUCUGAGUUACGGUGCCGUCUUUGACCUCUUUGAAACAACCCAUACUUCUCAAAGCCAGUAUUCAUGGCUCGCCAGUAUUUUCUAUUUCGCCUAUCUUCUGGCAGAAUGGCCGGCGAGUUACCUUGCUCAACACUUUCCCACCGGUACCGUUGUCAGCAUCUUCGUCCUCUGCUGGGGAACCGUUCUCACCUGCACUGCCGCAUCUCAUAGUUUCGCCGGCCUGGCCGUCUGCCGCUUCCUCUUGGGUGCCUUUGAAGCUGUCAUCACACCCUGCUUCAUGAUGAUUGUCAGCAUGUGGUAUACCCGAGCAGAAGCGCCCAUGCGCGCUGGGUCGUUCUACUGUUUCAACGGCUUCGGGUCCAUGAUUGGCGGCAUUCUGUUUUAUGGUGUCGGCCAGGCGGACGGAUGGGAUGUAUGGAGGAUCAUCUUCAUCAUUUGCGGUGGCCUCACCGUCGUCUGGGGCAUCGUUCUGUUCUUCUACCUGCCGAACAACAUCAUGACGGCCAAGCGAUUCACUGUGGAAGAAAAGGCACUGCUUAUUGCCCGCAGCCAGAGCAACAAGACUGGUGUCUUUAGCCGAAAGAUCAAGCCGGCUCAGAUCAAGGAAACGUUCAAGGACCUCCAGGUGUGGCUCCUGUUCUUCUACACCCUUCUCAACGAGAUUGUCAACGGCGGCAUCGCCAACUUUGGCAAACUCAUUGUCAAGGGCUUCACAAAGGACGCUCUCUUAACGACUGCUUAUGGGAUUCCUUAUGGUGCCUGGGUCGCCUUCUUCAUCUUCACUGGUCCUUUUUGCGCUUCAAAGUUCAAGAACUUCCGGACAAUUGUGAUGAUGACGUGGGUUUUGCCGACACUGGUUGCAGUGAGUCUGUUCUUGAAGCUGGAUAGAGGCAACAAGAACGGGUUACUGAUGGCUUACUACAUUAGUCCCUCCUUUGUCGGCGCUCUCGUCGUUGCACUCCAGAUGCCGGCUGCCAACGUUGCAGGUUAUACCAAGCGCGUGACAUCGACAGCCUUGGUUUUCCUAGCAUAUUGUGUUGGAAAUAUUAUAGGUCCACAAGCCUUUCUCGCGUCGGAAGCGCCCAUCUACGGCACUGGUUGCAAGGUUAUCAUGGGUUGCACUGCCGGACAAGUCGUGUUGGCUAUCGCGAUACGACUGCUGUUGAUCAGGAGGAACAAGCAGAGGGAUGCUGAGGCAGCGUCUGAUAGUCAGAGUGCCGCAGAUGCGUCUGAUGAGGUUCUCAUGGACUUGACAGAUUUUGAGAAUAGGAAGUUCAGGUAUUCUCAUUAG